AUGGCAACCGUGCGCUCGUCUCUCCCGCACGAAGAUCGAACGGCAGCCGAGCCGCGGGAGAACAGGCUCGAACCGGUCGUACUGGCGCAUAUCCGCCAGGUCAAUGCAUCUGUACGAUUGCUAAGACUAAAUGCUAUGGACCCGAGUCAUACCAUCAGAUUCCAACCAGGUCAAUGGCUAGAUACGUUCAUUCCAGGCCUGCCGAGAGCUGGCGGUUUCACUAUUACGUCUACGCCAUCGGAUGCGAAGCCGAGUAAUCACUCUCUACCUUACCUCGAGUUGGCAGUCCAGAAGAGCUCCAACCCUCCGGCUCAAUACCUGUCGCGACCAGAGCAUGAGAUCCUCGGGACGCAUCUCGUUGUGAGAGUAGGCGGGAGCUUCGUCUGGCCCCCGCCUCACCUCGGUGUCUCCAAGAUUGAUCGACUCAUUCUAGUGGCAGGCGGAGUCGGUAUCAACCCUCUAAUAUCUAUCUUUUCGCACCUCGUUCGCUCCGCUGUGAGGCCACGAGAGAUCCACUUUCUGUACGGUACAAAGGCAGAACCCGAUCUCGACCAACAGAGCAUCCUAUUUCUCCCAAGGCUUAUGGAUCUUGUUGCGGCGGUUGCAGAACCCUCCAACGUCACGCUAAGUCUUUUCUUGACAGGCUUAGGCAAUGGGGAUCAAGGACUCGUCGAGCACGGCAAGUUCCCCAAUCGCACGUUUGGCCGCAGAAUCACCGAGGCGGACCUUGUUCACGCGCUCGAUGGCUACCAAAACAGCCUGUACGGAGCCGAGAAUGACCGCCAGGGGACAGUUGUCUACGUCUGUGGGCCGCCGAGGAUGACCGACGAGUUUGUCGCCGUAUUGCGGAAGCAGCCGGGCAUGGCGGCGGAGAGGGUGCUGUGUGAGAAGUGGUGGUAG